AUGGUUUCAAGCGAGUUUGGAAUUCCGAAGAUUGUAUUGAAUCCGCGACGGUUCGAAGGUCAGGUCGCCGUCAUUACUGGAUCUGCACAAGGCAUUGGGCAGGUGGUAGCUACGCUCUUUGCCGAACAAGGCGCACGUGUGGUUCUUUUAGACAUCAACAUCGAGAAGCUUGAAGAGGUGAAAAGGACGUUAGUGGGGAGGGGGCUCGAGGCAUUGUUUGAAGUCUGCGACCUGACCGAUGAGGACCAAGUACAUCGCACCGUCGAUGCCAUUGUGAAAUUGAACGGCAGGAUCGACAUCUUCGCCCAUGUAGCCGGGAUAUACCCAGCAAAACCGUUGCUAGAAACCACAACACUGGAGUAUCGAAAGAUCUUUCAAGUCAACAUGGACAGUUGCUUUUUCCUCACCCAAGCGGUCCUGCCAUAUAUGCAAAAAAGGGGAUAUGGGCGUAUUAUCAAUACUGCGAGUACGACCAUUGUGAAGCCGGAACCAGGUCUGUCAGUAUAUGUUGCAUCGAAAAGUGCCGUGGCAGGGUUUACGAAAGCGACGGCAACGGAAGCAGGACCGGGCGUCACGGCGAAUUGCGUGUCACCAACAUUGACUGUGACAGAAACGACGCUGGGUUUCGAACACACCAGUGCAGCAUUUGAACCAUACGUGAAUCUGCAAUGUGUGAAGAGAAGUUGUCUGCCUCAGGACGUGGCUCAUGCCAUCAUGUACCUCGCCAGCCCUGAAGCAGAGUUCAUCACAGGUCAAGUGUUUGGAAUCGGGGGCGGGUCAUUUUUCGCCUGA